AUGGAAAGCUCCACCCCGCAGCCGAACCCCAAUCCAACCGAAAACACAGACCAACGACAAAAAGAAGCGCUAGCAGCCUUCACCGCAACACUCCACUCAGUGGGAACAAAUCUCGAAGCGCCGCUCCGCGACCGCGCAGCAAACAUCCAGUCCAACGCGACAGCGCUGGAAAGACAAGAAGCCGAACUUGCGGAGAAUACGCAGCGACUCGCGCGGCAAAAUCAGCAGUGGGUUGGACUCGCAGAUGAGACGCGCGAGGGCUUAAAGGAGAUUGGAGAUGUGCAGAAUUGGGCGGAGAUGAUUGAGCGUGAUUUGCUGGCCUUGGAGGAUAUGAUGGAUAACGUCGAGAGGGGUGGGGACCACGGGAGUGAAGAUGGCAGUGAUACGGAACUGAAUGGGCAUGUUGAGAAUGGAAAUGCAAAUGGACAUGUUGAUCUUGAUGCUAGUGGAAAAAAAGUGGAUCAGCCAGCGAAAGGGUGGUUUCGAUGGUGGUGA